UAGUAGGCGGUGCCGGUAGAGUAGAGGCAUGCCGUGCUAGCAUGUCGGAAGGAAAGAUACUCAGUGAGGCAACAGCGCUAGCAGCAGAGCCUGAUGAGAUCCCAUUGAGUGGAAGCGAGGAGAGCAUUCUGAACGGCGACGAAGAACUCGACCCAAGAAUUGCGGAUAGUUUAGAGCGACUAAACGCCGCGUCAGACAGAAUCAACGGUCUUGAAAGAGAAUUGAGCUUGGUUCGUGCUGACUUCCAUAAGACUCAUGCCGAGUCCAUAAAAGAACUAACAGCUCUGAAAAAUAGUCUCAAGAAGCCUCUAGAGCGCGUUAGGCCAUACUAUGAGGCAAAACGUGAAGCGUAUAGAGCGAAAAUAGCCAAUCAGAGGGCGACGAAACGUUAUGAGAAGGCUACGAGUAUGCACAAGGGCUCGAUUGAAAUGGUCGCGGUGGCCGAGAGAGACUUUGUUCCUUCACGAGGAGCGAAUGACCCGAUGGACACAACUUGGGUGGAGUUGUUGAACCAUGCUAAUGAGAAAUUUGUGGAAACUGAGAAGGAGAAGAAUUUGGCCGAAUACGAGCAUUUGCAGUCAACAGAAGUAUGUGAGAGAUUAACGGAAAAAGUAGUAUUGCUUGAAAAGAAGCAUAAAUCGGCGAUUAAAAAAUCGAGCCCUUUCUUCAAGGAACAAGUAAAGUAUUAUGAGUUACUGGAGAAGCAGAAGCAACAGUUUCAUGAGUUGCAAAAGAAGUUGUUGGCUAUGAAGGCUGAUUAUAGUGAUGCUAUGGCCACAUUAGAGAGGAUUAGUGAAGAGAUUCAUCAGAAGCGGCAGUUGAAUAGACAGUUACGAGAGAGGAAAUUACAGAGAGACAUUACUGUUAGUGUGGGAGAUUGUGAAGAUUUGGAUGAUGUUGAUGGGAUGGUUAGGGACUUGGCAGUUGGUUUGGAUGUUGAUCUUAUGGGGAGUUUAGACAGCCUUCAGAGUGAAAUUUCUACAUUAGAAGUGUUUAAUGGGGAAGAGGGUGUUAGUAGUUCGAAUGAUGUUUCAUCUAGUGAACAGAGCUCAAAAGGAAUGAAUGCAGAAAUCGAUGCAUUAGGUGUAGAAUUGCAAUCAACAGGUAAUAGCAUGGAUAAUGUUGCCGAACACAAUGAGGCAGAAAUGAGAGCUUCCACAAAUGAGCUGGAGGUAGAACGGUUAGAAUUAAGCAGAGAGGAAGAGCAGCUUGAAAAACAAGAGAAACGACAUCAACAAGAGGAGACAGUAAGACAACUGGAGACAGACAACAGGCAUGAGGAACUUGAUAAGAAGCAAAAUAAGACAGUCUCAGAAAUAGUAGAAGGGGAAUCACUAGAUGUAGGAAAAGAGAUUGCACAAAAUGAGCACAGAAUAGCUAACCCAGAGAUGGACAGUCAAGAGAAUGACCUAUCAGCUAGACAAGAGCGUGAAGAGACAAAAAACACGGAAGAAAACCGAGGAAUGGAAAGACAAGAUGAGAAAGAAGCUGAGAGAGACAAACAAACUGAAAGACAAGCAGGAAAUGUGAACGAAAAUUUUGAAAGAGUUGAGCAAGAACAGGCAACAGAGCAGACAGAGAUGAAGAGUAUGAGCAGAGAACAGACAGAAGAGUAUGAAAAUGAGGAUACAACAAGAGACACUGGCACAUGACAUUUGGUUGUUUUCAGUUAAGUUAUAGGGUGGGAGUGGUGAUUACAUCUAUUUUCUAACAGAGUUCGAUUUGUAAUAUUUGGUCAGCGGAACUGUCUAAUAUUAUCUGAUAAUAUUGAGUAGUUUGGCACAUACUCAUAGCCUCACU